UGAAAGCUUAGAAAAUGUCAGACUUGAACUGUUGAACGAUGUCAAACAAAGAAACAGUGCACUGUGUAUAAAACAGAAGAUGUCAAAAACAUUCUCCUACAGAAGAAAAGAGGUGGUGCAGGAAAAUCCAUCUGCCGGAGAGUUUAAAGCCAGGUGGCCUGCACUUUUUCAUAUUGAUGAGCGCAUAACAACAAUCCCACUUGAAACAACCUUCAUGGCGCAGUUGGACAGCCAUUUACCCCAGCUGACAUCGGUUUUCCAGAAGAAGGGAGGUGUUUCUGGCCAGAAACUAGCCCCACAUCUGGCGAUCUUGCAAGAGGCAACGAGUGAUGUCAAUCUUAAAAGGGCAGCAGUCCUAAAGGCACUUUGCAUCUACCUUGGCGAGGAUGUUGGACAUCUCAUUCAGGAGUAUAAGGACAUUGAAGGAGAUGACAUCCAGAGAGACCUGCAGAAAUCCACCAUGGGCAUAUAUGUCAUCAACAAGGAGGGUGGAGAAAUUGGAGCUCAUGAUGACAUUGGCAUUUAUGUUGAAGGAGUAAUCAUUCUGGACAACAUUGGAUCUGUAGCCCAAGCAUGUGCAAUGAUGCUGGGAGUCAUGUAUGUACUGAACAUGGCUUACCCCAAAGAGCUGAAAUACUCCUAUGAAUUCAUUCAGAAAGUGCUCUUGCAAAUGGAUGGUGAAAGGCUUUCCCCCAAAGUCCUUGGACUAAAGAACAAAAUCAUUGCUGGACUGUAGGAUUUCUUCAGCCGCUCUUGUGAACACUGCUAAGGCGUUACGGUGUUUCAAACUGAAAAACAGAGUGAAUGGUGGACUGUAAUAUUCACACAGCCACUGGUGUGAACAUUUAAAACUGUACAAUGGAUUUUGUGGAAUAUUCACCUGAAAUAAAAAUUGCAAUCCUGGAAAUAAGAGCACAAAAUUCAUCCAUCCACUACCGCCAUAUGAAUAUUAGAAGUUAAGCGCCUUGAGAGGAACAGUUGGUGGUGGCUGUGCCAUUAAACCAUUGCAUAAGAAGA